UUCGAAGUCGGAAGCAGGCAAGCAGCGAACCUUUUGCCUAAACCCCGCGCGUCAACUGGUGUGGGCCGUGUUGGGCCGAACAAACUCAAGCCCGUAUGGCCCUCGAAUCCUUUUGUGCCCACGUGUUCCCCGGCUCCGGUGCGGUGAGCCCCUUCCCUCGCCGCCGGCGGCGCCGACCAAACAAACGAGCAGUGAGAGCCUGAGAGGACGGCUACCCAAUCCGCAAGGAAGUGAAGCUCCUCUGCUCCGGUCGGAUCGGCUCCUUUUUUUGCUGCUUCCGAUGGACGGCGCCGCCACCGCCACCGCCGGAGGAAGUGGGGAGCCGGCGGCCAACGGGUCCAAAUCCGAGGAGCAGCAGUUCGAUCCCAGCCGAAUGGUCGGGAUAAUCAAAAGGAAGGCCCUGAUUAAAGAUUUGGCUGCAGCGUACCAUGCUAAGUGUAUAGCAUCCUGUAAAGAACUCCUGCAGCUUCAGAAACAGUGGGAGGAGGAACAGAACGUGGAAGCCAAAAUGCCUGAAGAACCAAGACUGAUUACAAUGAAGACCUCAAAGCAUAGGAAGAAGUAGAUUUAGGAUAUUAGUUUCUUUCUAAAGAGCACUUUUCAGCUCUGUUAACUGUUGUGAUCGUUAGCUUGACAGUGAACUAAAUACAAGGAAACAUCGCUCUCAGCUGAUCCUAUGCUGUAAAGUAUCAUUUGCCUGCUUCCAGUUGCGCUUUUAACUAGCAUUUUUUGUUCUUUAAUUAAAGAUAAGGCUUACAGAUAAAUACUAACAUCUCGGAUCCUUUUGCUGUUGCAUCCAAUAAAGAAGGCAUUUAUGUA